AUGCCUCGCGGAGCUGAAUACGACAACGGUGUCCCUCAGAGCGACAACGCCAUCGAAAACGGUCCUAACAAGGUCCACGGCGUCGGUAACGACAACGCCGACCUCAACCGCACCCACAAGGUCGCCGACCUCCCCGUCGAAGGCAUCAACGCCAACGGCCUGGCCAGCGGCGGCGGCAGCUCCGGCCCUACUCAGUCUGGUAGCGGCAAGGGCGGGCAUGACCCGAAAACGCUCGGAGAGAACAAGGGUCUCGGUGCGCAGGGCGUUUAA